GUUAAAAUAAGUGAUUUGUAUAAUCAAAAUGUCAUCUCCAAGCAAGAGAAGAGAAAUGGAUGUUAUGAAAUUGACCCAAAAAAACAAAGUCGCAAAAGCCUAGUAUGAGUAAACUUUCCAACGAACAAUUGUAGGAGGAAAAAAGGAUGAUGAGUGAUUAUACAGUGGAGACGAUAAACGAUGGACUUAGUGAAUUCAAUGUUGAGUUUCAUGGUCCAAAAGAAAGUCUUUAUGAAGGUGGUGUCUGGAAAAUUCGUGUCGAGCUUCCUGAUGCUUACCCAUAUAAAUCCCCUUCUAUUGGCUUUGUGAACAAAAUAUUCCACCCUAAUGUCGAUGAGUUAUCUGGCUCUGUAUGCUUGGAUGUCAUUAACCAAUCUUGGAGCCCAAUGUUUGAUCUUCUAAAUGUCUUUGAAGUUUUUCUUCCACAACUCCUGCUUUAUCCAAAUGCUUCAGAUCCUCUCAAUGGCGAUGCAGCAUCGUUAAUGAUGAAGGAUAAAAAGUUAUAUGACCAGAAAGUUAAAGAGUAUUGUGAGCGGUAUGCUAAGAAGGAAAACAUUAGCAACUCUACAGCUGGUGAGGAGAGUGGAGAUGAGGAAGACAUCAGUGAAGAAGACAGUGGAUCUAGUGAUGAUGACAUUCCUGGUCAUGCUGAUCCUUAAGCGGGUUUAAUGGUAUCCCAAUCAUACCUUUAAAGGGUCCAUGUAAUACCAAUCAAAGCAUUAUUACAUCAUUGUUACUUGUUCAAUUAUAAGACGUAGGGAUUAUGUUCACUGUUUCUGCCUGUAAAAUUACAGUUCUCAUUCCUCAGUAAUUUCAUGAAAAGCUAUAAUAUAAUAUUUAGUUAGAGCUUUCAUUGAAUUUUACAUUAUGUAGUUCAUUACCUUUAAAAAAUUAUGUUGAAGAUACAUGUUCAGAAUUUCAGUUUUCUCUUGUAUAGUUAUCUAAAAAUAUUACUUCCAAUUAUGGAAAUAUGUUUCUUCUUGUCA